AUGGUGAGAACAAGAAACGGGCCGCGAUCGAACGGAAUGCUGCCGCUGUUAGCACUUCACGCGGCGAGCGAGUAUUACAGACUCGACCGGAAGCCUCCUGUCACCGCCGGACUCAUUGCCGCCAAUUCUCUCAUCUACUUACGCCCUGCUUUUCUCGACCCCAUUCUCCCUUCCCUCCAAGAAGUCUGGUUCAACCCCCACCUCAUCCUCAAGCAUGGAGACUUGAAGCGCUUCUUCUUGUCGCCGUUCUAUCAUGUGGGAGAGUCUCACUUGGUUUACAACAUGCUCUCCCUCUUGUGGAAGGGAAUUCAAUUGGAAAAUUCAAUGGACAGUGCUGAGUUCGCUUCCAUGGUUGCUGUGCUACUGGGCAUGUCCCAAGGAAUCUCACUGCUGAUUUCCAAGUCCCUGCUCGCGUUCUUUGACUAUGAAUGGGCUUACUACACUGAAUACUCUGUUGGGUUUUCUGGGGUGCUCUUUGCCAUGAAGGUUGUGCUUAAUUCCCAGACUGAGAACAGUUAUGUUUAUGGAAUUCCGAUACCAUCUCGUUACGCUGCGUGGGCGGAAUUGGCUCUGGUCCAAUUUUUGGUUCCUGGUGUCUCUUUUAUUGGUCAUUUGGGUGGAAUUCUUGCAGGGCUUGUCUAUAUUCAGUUGAGGGGUUCUUACAAUGGCUCAGACCCACUUACUGUUAUCAUCAGAGGUCUUACUGGUGUGCUGAAAUGGCCUGUGAGAUUUUUACAACGCUUGUUUCCAUUCCGAAGGAGGCAGAUAUCCGGUAGAGGACCUGUUGGUGGGGGUCAGAGAGGAAUUUCUGUGUCUGGUUUCUGGAGAUGCCAUGCUUGUACGUAUGAGAAUUCUGCUUGGUUAGAUGUAUGCGAAAUGUGUUCGACAAAUAGGAGGGCCACUGGCAGUGCCAAUGGCAUGGCUUCACCUCCAUCGGCACAUUAUUCCGGUGACCUUCCUUUGGAAGAAUUACGUCGGCGGAGGAUGGAAAGAUUUGGGAGAUGA